CAUGGUAGAGAACAACAGCGAGACAGAGCUGACUCAGCAGCGAGCAGUAGAAAGUAUCACGCAGCAGCCUGGCUCCGAGGAGGACACAACAGCACCCACUCAGGAGGCCACCGGGAGCGAAGGCUCCGCCACCCUGUUGGCCGAGGCAUCCAAGAAGAACCCAGAGGAAGGGGCCGCAGACGAUGGGAAAAACACUGCCGCAGGUGGCAGCCUCAGCUCGGCUGACAUCCCUUCAGAUGCCAAACUCCUGGAGUUAGGCUUUCCCACUAAGGUGGGCCACUACUGCCACGUGUGUGAUGCUGUGAUCAAGAGUUAUGCUCUGUACUACCUGCACAUGCACAACCUGCACCGUCUCGAGAAACGCUUCCAGUGCAUUGUGACAGCCUGCAGCCAGACCUUCACGUGCCCCAAUGCAUUCCAGCGCCACUCACUGCGCCACAACCAGAAGUCUGACAGCUUCUGCUCCAUGUGCGACAUGGUCUUCGACGACAACGAGCACCUUCAGGACCAUUUCCUCAGUGCUGAGCACGCCAACAAGUACAUGCGAGUGCAGGAGAAGUACAACCGCUCGGAGCCACGUAACUACCGGUGCCGAGUGUGCCACAGCUGGUUUGGCCUGUUUGCAACUUUUUGUAAACACAUGGAGACCGAAAGUCACCAGUACCAGUGCCAGCAUUGUGGUCUGCUCUUCGUCCAGCCAGGGCCUCGUCGUAACCACAUCCAAAGUGUACACCCAGAGCUUGCCAAUAUCUGCGAGAUAUGCGGCUCCAAGAUGGCCAACUCCCAGGCCCUUUGGAGUCACCUGUCUUUGCACAGCAUCGUGCACGAAUGCCACAAGUGCCACCGCCGCUUUCCAAGGGAGCAGCUCAUGGCUCAUAUGGAAGUUCACGCGCCACCAACACCUUGCCCUUGGCAGGGCUGCAACCGCAAGCUGGCCACAAAAGUGGGGCUCUACAAUCACUUACGUAUGCAUCGUGGCGACACAGACUUCAGGUGCCUGACCUGUGGAAGAGGCUUCUUCAAGAAGAAAGCUUUAGACUCUCACAUGCGACUUCACGAAGAACCCUCUGCGCUGGCCAGGAUGCAACGUUCAGACUUGACUCAAGGUAGCCACAUUCUUACUGAAGUCAGCCCGCAGGAGAGCCAGGAGGAAUCUGCAGGAGAGCUCAUUCAGCUUAUCUGUGCCGGCUGCCUGAACGGCUUCGAGUCUGAGGACUUGUUUGCUGCUCACAUUUGCACAGGCCACCAAGGACAAGGCCAAGAGCAGGCCUUCGUGGCUGAUGAUUCUGUGAUCAACAUGGUCACGGGAGAUGGCACGCUGUCAUCAGCGGAUCUUGGUGGAAGCCAGCUGGUGGCCACGACAGAAGACGGUAUCACCACAACUGUGGCAAUAAAUCCACAAGAGGAUUUGGCCACGCAGUUAGCCCGGGCUGUAGCUGAAGCCACAGGCCCAGGCCAGGUGACUGUGUCUAUAAACACGGCCGACGGCAUAGCAACCAUUAGCCAGGACCCACGAGAUCUGGCAGACUUCCAAGGCAUGGAAUCCGUGACCAUGGACUCUGCCGACCUGGAGCUUACGGACCAACAGCACCAGAUGUCCUCAUUGCAGCAAGAGGGAAUGGAAACAAACGAACAGGAAGGGGGCGAUGAGCUCGUCAUACAACAGCUCGGAGAGCCUGCAGAGGACAGGUCACCACAGCAGGAGCCUGAACAGCAAGAGCAUGCAGCUGCAGAAGAGAUGAUGCAUGCCGAAGAACAACCUGAGGAGCAGGCACAAGCGGAGCAAGAACAAGAGGAACACCAGAUGGAAGGCACCAUGCAUCAUCAAGCACCCGAACACCAGGACACUGCCAUGGAGGCCGAGAUGAACGAACAAACAGCACAGCUGCUGAUGGCUGCCAAUCAGGAAGGCCUGGAGCACCUGGCCGUGGAGUCUGAAAACGGCGAAGUGAUCCACUUCGCCAUUGUUCACCAUCCGGAAGAGUCUCAGGAAGGAGUAGCCGUCACCUCAGAGGAGAUGGCCAUGCUGGCUGCUGGCGGAGACGGUGCAGCAUCGUCUCUGGCUCGCAUUAUGACGAUGGACACAUCGUCGUACAUGGUAUCCGGCGACAUGACCACAACGUCGGCACAACUGGGCAGCGAGACGAAAGUGGUAGGUGCUCUUAACACCGAGGCACCUUUGCUGUCCGUGGGCUCUGGUGAUCUGUGCACCUCUCGAGAAACAUACGACGUGGGACAGGGUGAGACCGCUUCGGAGGCCAUGGCCGAAGGCACCGAGGGCCAAGAGCAAGCCAUCACGCCCGAAGGCAUGGCCUAUGCCGAGACCCCUGCCACCGGUGAAGGUGACCAGAUGCCCAUUGUCAUGAUGGUACCAGGGGGUCAAGAAGGCUUGAACAUGGAGGGUGAGGAAGGGUUUGCCAAUGCGGCUGUGCUCAAGGUUCCCACCUCGGAUGGUGGGGAGAGGGUGCUUCUGAUUCCCAUCAGCUCAGAAGGCGGGAACACGGUGUUCGCUUUGCCAGGAGGACUGACACUUGGAGGGGUUGCCGAAGGACAAGAAGGGUCCGAAGCACAGCAGGGCUGUGUGACAGUGGCCCUGGAUCCUGCCUCAGCAGCCAAUGUUGGUGAGGACCAUGGCAUUCUCACAUUACCAAUGGUGACGGACACAAUGACAGGCCAGGUAUCAGUGCAGUUUGCUCCCGAGCCAGGAGAAUAGGUUUCUUUGUGACAGCACAGGCAAAAACGUUGUGUGGGGUGCUUGCAGGAAUGGUGCAUUCUGUUCUCUAUGUGCCGGUCUCACCAUAUUGUUUGCCUUUGUGUUUCCGGUGAGGCCAUGUUAAUAAGCUGUGCUUGUGUGGGUUUGAAGCACACAAAUUGAACAGAUGGUCAAGGGUUUCCAUCAUUUUCUGUAAUUUCGUUGUCUUUUCCUUGUGCCUUGUUGUAUUGCAGUGGUUCCCUUCGGUCUUUUUGCCCCUUCUCUCGCUCUCUUUUGCACAAGCAAAAUGUUGAAAGCCUUUUGGUGUUCUAGGUUUCAAUGUUGAGAACAGAUGUUUUGUAUUCCAGCAGUAUGUCUCCCGUGAUCAUGCAAAAGGAAGUAAAGACUCCCAAAGACAAGGCUCUUAUGGCUUCCCAAAGUACAACUUGACACAGUCUGCACUUCCAUCAUGUCCAUUUUUAGUUCAUUGUUCAUUCCGAGCUAAAAUUCAAAGCAAGCAAACUGAAUUGUGACUGAUCAUCAUACUUUUCUUUGUAAAAUGUUGUUGGUAUCGGGCAUGGAAUGGAUGCCAAGUAAUAAAGUUACACUUAAGCACAA